AUGCUCUACGUCACUAUGACCCGAUCUCCGUGGUCAUGUGCCGUGACCCUUCUGCUGAUUGUGCAUCUAUGCAACGCAAUUCCCGACCUAGGGAUCCAGCUAGACAGGAGAUUGCGAGCCAUUAACGAUGACAAUAAUUCACCAAUAGGUCAGAAUCUUUACUCCUCGCAUCUCGAGAAUACCCGUGGCGGGACAAGUAUGGCGGAUAUUAUAGAGAUUGGAAAGGUCGCCAGGGCAGCUGUUGAUAAAUUAGCCGAGUCGGAAGGCACAGCCAAACCAGGAAUGGUUUCUGUGCUAGCAGUUGGCAACGAAAUUUUUAUCGCAGGUUCGGUGAAAGAUGCAGGGCAAUACGAAAAAAGCGCCCCUCGUCCCCACGACCUCGUCCCGGGUGGCGAGGCGGCGCACGUUAUCAAAUUAUGUGGAGGUCACAGGACUGGCGGAGCCUGUGGCGAGAUUGCUGCACUGGACCUAUACUAUCGAACUCGUGGAGAUACCAUUGAUAGACAAUACGGUCCAAAUGAUCGUGAAAAUACUAACCGAAUCGAGAAAAUCAAUGGACCUCUGAAAAACAGUAUAGUUGUCGCAAUAAACCAGGACAUCCAAGUCCAGAAUGCCUGUUCCAAGCCUGAUGAGCUUGGUCGCGUAGGGUGCAAAAGAAUAGUUGACGAACUCAAGAUUGUCGCCGUUGAUUCCAAGACAGUAAAAAAAGCAAAAAAACAGAGCAACAACGACAACAAGAUGCCAUUCGACUUCACUAGUCUCAAAGUACUAACUCCUCCCGCAUACGACGAGUACAGCCCGCCGCCAAACUAUUUCGAUGACGAUCCUGCACACCCCCACAAUGAUAAUAACGAUAACAGUAACAAUAACAAUAACAAUGACAAUAACAAUGGCAAUGACAAUAACAAUGACAAUAACGAUAACAAUCCACAUUACACUGAUGAUGAUGGAAACAACACCAAUGAUCACGAAACUAUCAAGUGCGAUCGGAAGAGAUCUAUCUGCCGCCUCAGACCAGGGGCCGAAAACUCCAGAGCCACCAACCAACGCCAGCAACAGAAGCAACGCAACAGGCCUUCUGGAAGCACCUCUGGACUGAGUAAGGGUGCAGUUAUGGAACAUUUUGGUGGUAUUGCCAUUAACCUUGCUUGGAUGUCGUCUAAUUGCAUGGCUCUCAACAAUACAAUUGAACGAAAAGGUUCGUCAUCUCAAGAGGCGCCUCCUGAGGGCAUUUGGCAAAAGGUGAAACAUCUUCGCCAAGUUCCAGGGCUAUUUUGGAGCAGCUUCAUGAAGCUUUUCGACGAGGAGAACGUCAUCGCUUUCAAAAAGUCCGCCACCGAUCUGGGACAAGCUAUUACUGAGAUUCCAGAUUCCGCCAAGCACAGUUUGAUGGACCUUACAAAUGCAGAAAAUCUGGAUGCUUUUCUGAACUCUACCCAAGACCUCGUAAAAGCGGUUAGUGAAACUCCAGCGGCCCUGCGAAGUGGAAUGCAUGACCUUGGAAACUCGGAAAAUGCCCGUGCUGCUGGUAAGUCUCUGGUAGACUUUGCAAAAGCUAUAUGUGAAAUUCCGGGAUCUGUCAAAGGUGGUUUUCGAGAUCUUCAAAGCGCCCCGGGUGAUAUUGCAGCAGCAUUUCAGAAAUCCCCUGCACAACUGGCAAAAGUUACUGGUACUUUCGUACAGCAGUACAAUGAAUAUUUGCCGCCUGGUACAAACCAGAGAAAAAUAUUCGACUCUUUCCUCAUGAGUGUGCCAGUCCAGCCAGCUCCAUUGCGUGCAUUCGCUCAGAGGAUUGGAGUUUCAGUAGAAGAGUUAAGUGCAAUUGCAUCUGUAGCGUGCAUUAAAUAA